AUGGCAGAUAAACAAGGAAAAGGUAUCCCAAUUUUACCCGAAGCCGAAGCAGUUGUUGCUCGAGCAAAACUUAGGGACGCACUGAAAGCUGAAUUUCGCAAGAAAUUAACUCAUCCCUAUCGUCUCCAAGAACCUGGCUACAUAUUUGAUCCAGCCAUUCAGCGAUAUGCAUCCAUGAAGGCUUCAAAUUUUGAUUACUUCAAGGUUACUCCUAAAACAACCAAAUAUGGUCUGGUGCCUAUGCUUUGUACAGUCUUUGGAUUUGCCUGGCUCUGUCAAACAAAACGGGAUGAAUACGAAAACAAACUUAGAACAGGUCAGAUUUCAUAUGCGGACAGAGUUUUCAAGUUUACAGUUUAGUUCAAAUAAGUAUAUGACUAGUAUGUAAUAAGCUGAAGAAGCUUAUUUGAUCUUAGUCCUGCUGGUAUGUGUACUGCAAAUGUUGUAAUAAAAGGGAAUGAGGUACAAUAA